AUGGGAGGCGGGCACGGGAUGGGUGCAGAGAUGGAGCUCUCGUUGGUAGCAGCUCUGCAGGCAUCCUCCAUGCCUGCCUCGUUGCUUCAAGCUCUGAGGACUCUUGACCAGGAGCUAGGGGAGGAAACGGAGCGCGAGGCCCUGGAUGGGGUCGUGGACAGCCUGGUGGAGUGGUUCCUUCAUGAGUCAAGGGCUCCGAGGACGGCAGAUGGCGAUGAUCUCGGCCUGUGCCUCAGGGCGGCGUGCUGGCUAGCCCCUCGUUUCGCCGACCUCUCCUCGUCCGGCAGCCCUCGGCCCCAAGCCGCAGACGAGACCGCCGCUGCACUCAACGACGGCAGCCAGGCCGCAACCGCCACCACGGCAACACCAGAAACGCCUGCCCCGGGGGAGGCAAGAGAGGACCUUGGAGAACGUCAGGGUCAGACUACAGCAGCACGGGACGACGGUGAGGAGCCGUUGCAGCUCCUGCUAGAGCUGGGAGCAGGCCGGCUUGGCGCCGGAGUAGACGGCAUCCACAGGUCCCUGUCUCUGAUGGCGGGGGCCCUGCUGGGCCUCAGGAGCAUGCGCGUGCGCCGGGCGUUCGCCUCGGCGCUCCGGGCACACCUGGGCACCGUGCGCGUGGACUCGGUGUUCCGGUUCGACGCGCCCAAGGCCGGCCCACCGAGCGGCAACGGGGGCGUGGUGUCGUCCCCCGGCCGCCUGGCGCUGCCGCCCAUGCUCAGCUGGGCGUCCUUCCGCAAGAGAGAGAUAGUGGUGACGUCAUUCCAGCGCAAGAGCUUCAGCGCUCGCUGCAAGUUUGGGCCGCCGGCUGAGGCGGUGCACCUGGGCGGGGGCGGCGUGGGGGACGGGGGAAGGCAGGACGGGUGGCGCUUCGUCGCGGUGAGCCACGGGCAGCCGUACGUGAAGAGGUCUGGGCGGCUGAGGGUCUCGGUGGACGGGGGAGUGGUUCUCGACACCGAGCUCCAUUACCCCCCGGCGACGGGCCAGGGCUCCAAGGAUCCCAUGUCAAGGUGUUGCUUCUGCGAAGGAUUUGUGGGUGAGGCCGGGUCGCUUGCCCUGUACGGGGACGAGCUCGACAUGGGUGCGGUGAGGGCGUUGCUGGCGGCGGGACCGAAUCACCUCGGGGCUGCGCAACCCUUACCCGUGGCGACGUCGGACACCCUCCCACCUCUUCUGCACACCCAGAAAGACUAG